GAACCAAUCGAUGCAUUCAUUUGAUUGACUGCAUCUGCAACCAAGUGAUGGACAAUACGUGCGAUUGUCAUCAGUUGUUGUGUCUUAUGGUGUGAUUUGGUAUGAAUUGAGUGAUCGCUGGAGAUGUCGACCAAUCGGGAGUCGAGACCAGUGACCAACUGCUGUAACAUAACGUCAAUCUCUUGGGACCACAAAUACAUAGUCUUGUGUGUGAUCUGUGGCACCGUUUCCACUCUCGUCGGGUCUCUCAUUGUCUUAAUCUAUGCACUCAUCCGCUCAAACACUUCUUCGCUUCAAUACUUUGAGACAAUUCCCACAUAUAUUGUCGCCAUUUUGAUGAAAGCAAUUGGUGUCAUGUAUUUAAUCUGCGCCCUCUUGAGUGUUGUGGUCACUGUCACCACAACUGUCAUCCAUAUGAAUCGAUUGCAAACGCAUUCGCAAUGCAUUUAUAAUACAAACUACAGGACCUGUACCUGUAUUACACCUCCCGUUCCCAACGGAGAGACCAAUGUUGGUCAUCACAUGAUAUUUGAAGACACGACGGACUGCAAUGUAGUCCACGGCUUACUCUUCUCGUGUCUGAGAGGACUGUUCGGUCUAUCGGUGUUCGCGAUCCUGAUCUGCAUUUUCUCUCUAAUGCUUGUCUACCAGUUGUUGAGCCAUCAGAAGAAGAAGAAAUAUUUACAACAACUGGAACUGAGGCGAAGAUUUCAGAUCCAGUGCCGAGGCUUCGGGUCAUCGCAUCCCUCAUACGUCUCGUCACACGUUUCGCCACUAAUUUUGGCCCAAAGCCGGAACCACUCGUUAAGGCAUUUGCCGUACAAUUCUUACAGCGAAGACAACUCUCCAAAUGGUUGGUGUCUUCCGCCGCAUUCGUACGACUAUUUGGACAGUCGUUCCCAUAAUCGCAACUUCGAGGAAGACAUGCAAUCAAACGUUGGAAUUAUGACGAAUCGCUCCAAUUCGUGGACCAAUUGGUUGAAUUGGCCCCGGAAUCAGAUCUGGUCGUCGGCUAAUCACGUGUCCAAUCAGAACACAAAUCGGGGAUUCUUUGGGCUCUUUCGCAGAAACCAUAACAACAGAGACACUAAUGAUAGGAAUUCAACACAAAAUCUGUGGCGACACCCGACGGGCCAUAACUUUCUGCCGCCGCAUGUCUUCAUUCCGCGCAUCGGUUCCAGCGGUCUCUCACCACUACCGCAACAUUUGCUGAGAUAUCGGGACAACCACUUGAGGCCAACCAUAAUGAGAGCCAUGAGUUCGGCUCAUCGGAGGACCCGCUCUAAUGACGGUAUAUUCCAACACAUGAACGCUCAACACAUGUCAAUGGAUCCCGCCUUCAACGGGGGUCACGUCGUGAACAACUCGGCCAAUAUGUUUGCCAUAUGGGGUCCGCCCCCGCCCUACACUUGCUCUCAGCCCCAGUCUCUCAACCGUAUUAACACGAUCUGCAAUAAUAUGAACCACUCGUCUGGUGCCCAACACUGUAGACAAUCAAGUGUUCACUCGUCGGACGUGACGCCCGCCUCUAAGAUGAGUACUCCUCUGUCGGAGAGACGUCUUCGUUGUAAUGCCUUUUCAUCGCAAGGCAUAAGACUAACCAUUGAAGGCAAUGACUCUCUGUUAGCGCCAGAAACAAAGGGCUCCUGUAUUGUGGAAAUACACGUUCCCUAUAAUGAAGACCAACAAAACAAUGAGAUGAAUGUCUUCGAGAAGCAGAGCAGUGGUCACAAGAAGUCGAAUUUAAGCUUCAAUACAAUGCCGUCAAUGAAACGCGCGGAUCAGUUGCAGCCAAUCAAUCCAUUCAAGUCUCUGUCGAAUAUUCCGAUCAUAUUUCCCAUGAAUUCUCCGAAAAACACGGGUUUCACGGAUUCAGAGCUCGAGUCCAACAAAUCGAAACUCGAAAGCAUACAAAACGUCUACAGAACACAGAUAUUCGAUCAAAAAUCGUUGACCAGUUCAUCGACGCCUACCUCCACAUCAAACAUCACAUCAGAGAUCACCUCAGAGUUGUCGACGUAUAACAACACAGACGAGGGCUCCUUCUCUGUGACCAGUUUUCCCGUCGAUCCUCCGACUGAUUACAAGUCAACACUCGUUAUCCAAACGCCAAACACUCAGUCGAGUCCACUGACAGAGAAGAGUAGCAAUAAUGUGGCGCAAAGACAUGCCAUCAAUGGGUGCGCCAAAGAGAAGGACAAUCGGCUGAAUAGCGCCCAAUCGAUGCCAAACCUGAGUUGUAUUAUUCCCGUCUCGUCAUCGAAGUCGACGUCUACGCGAACGCAACCAAACUUCUGGGAAUUGCAUAGAAUUCCGUCGAGUGGUAACACUUCCACAUCGCAAGACUUGGCCGACUUUGAGCUCGACUUGGAUGAAGAGUCCAUCAAAAUGGUGGCCGAUUUGCCCAAUGAUAACAUCCGCGUCACUAAAUUGGCCGCUAUUUCGUCAGAGAAGUCGAGUUCGGAGACGACGGCGUCGAUAACACCUGAGCUCUUGAAACCUCCGACGCCUUUCAAUAACCAGAACUUUAGCGAGUCUUCGACGGCAACCCUAUCGUCGCUAAGCGAACCAAAACCAGAGCUAAUAAUCAAUAUAACAGGCAUUCAAGUCUGA